UGUGCAUUCAUUAGGGCGUUGGGGCCUGGGCCGUAUCUCAUUACACACACACCACGUACAAUAUUAUUGUUUGAUCCCCUUUGAGUAGGGGGAAUUUCGGGGGCAGUCGCUAAAAGUGUGUAUGUAUGUUUCGAUAGAUUUCCGGUACAACUUUUUAGCACAUCGCAAAGGGGAGCUGAUGACGACGCCUCGUCGCAAAAAUUGAAAAUUAAAAGUUAAAAGAAUAAGAGGAGCGUGGGGAAAGCGGAUCCCCUCCAUUAUCAAUGGCUUGCAGUUGCAGCCCGCUGUUCUUUGUCUUUCUGCGAAAGAACCUGCUCUACUUGCGCUGCAACUUCCUGCCACUGUUGUGCAUCUGCACGGGACUCGUCGGCGUACUAUGGGGUUAUUUGCACUGGUCUAUCAAGCCCCCUGUGCCGCAAUUGACGGACUUCGAGCCCAAAAAUGAACUGGUACUGAAACAACUGUAUUUCCCGGGAAAUGAUUUUGACUAUAUAUACUAUGCGCCCAGCAUCGAAAAUGUGGAGGAUAUCGUGGACCUACUGCGUCUGGAUUUGCAGAUUGCCCCAGAGCGAUUCCGGGCUUACAACAGCACUUCCGAGAUGCAGCUCGAGCUGGAACAGCAGUGCAGGGGCAGCUGCUUUGCCAUCAACUUUGAGGAGGUGCCCAACCGUGGUAGUGCCGGGAAGUUCCGAUACAGCUUGAGCUCAAGUCACAUGCGCCUUUCGCCCAGAAAGCGAUUCGUAAAUGACGAGGAAGUCAAUCGCCAGAAAGACGACGAUGACUACAUUCGGUCGGGAUUCCUAACCCUGCAGCUGAUACUGGACAAACAAUAUAUGAAGUAUCAGAGCCUGGAGGCAAACUACAAUAUACUGGUCAGUUCCAUGCCUAACUUGGAGGUGGCCAGCAUGGACAGUCACCGACUCAUAUACUUUGGCACCUUGUUCAGCGUCAUCUUCAGCGUGGUUCUGCUGAGCACCUUCGUGGUUCCCUUUGUCGAGGAGAAGCAGAACGGGUUGAAGGAGUUCCUUAACCUGGUCACGCCCAUGAGUUUCCUUAACGGCCUUACAUUCUUUCUCAUCCGUCUCGUGUGCUAUGCGGCGCUACUUCUCUUCGUCCUCAUCCUCGCCUAUUGCUACGAGGCCCUGGGACUAAUACGCUUCGCCUACGUGGCUGUGUUGUUCCUGCUUUACAUUUUGGCCACCAUGUCGUAUGCAUAUCUUAUAUCGGUUUGCUUUCAUUCAGUAUUUUAUGCGAAGAUUGGUGGCCUGGUGAUGUUGAUCAUUCCAUAUGUGUUUACCUUUGUUCGCACCUGGGCCACCGCUUUGGCCUUCUACUUUUUUAGCACCAAUGCCUUUCUGGAGGGUCUGGACGUUUUCCAGACAUUUUCCAACAAGCAUCGCACCUUUGGAGGAGCAGAUCUCUUCCGUGAAGUUAAAUAUGACUCCAGUCGGAUGUUCUCGAUUUACAUUGUCCUGCUGUUCCAAUCUCUCUUGUACGCCCUUGUCUACAACUACUUGGGUUGUGUGUUUCCCGGACCGGGAGGCCUGAAGCGCCCAUUUCUCUUCUUUUUGGACCCCAAAACCUACCAGAAGCGGCAGCGCAAUGAAUAUACGACCGCACCAAGAGGCACACAGGCCAUCAUCAUCACGGAGCUGUGCAAGAAGUUCCAGACAAGUAAACGAGAAACGCUCAUUUCUGACAACCUAAGUAUGACGAUCAACAACAAGGAGAUUACUGUGUUGCUGGGCCACAACGGGGCUGGAAAGACCACGAUGAUGAACAUGAUAAUGGGACUGGUGCCCAAGGAUUCGGGCAAGAUAGUUGUCUGCAGCGAGCGCGACGUGUCCUCCUAUCGCCACCUGAUCGGCUUCUGCCCCCAGCACAGUGUAUUUAUGAGCUACAUGACCUGCCACCAGCACUUGGAGUUCUUUGCCCAACUUCGCGGAGAAACUCGCAGCAAUGCCCGCAGAUGGGCGGAUGAGAAGCUCAUGAAACUGGGGCUGAGUGACAAACAAAACGAGUUCGGACGAAACUUAUCUGGUGGCAUGAAGAGACGUCUAUCCCUGGGCAUAGCAAUUGCCGGAAAUACCAAAAUUGUUAUUCUCGACGAACCGUCAUCAGGACUGGAUAUCAACUCACGGCGCGAACUGUGGGACAUCCUGCUGAAUCUGCGCAAAGAGAAGGCCAUUCUGGUCACCACCCACUACAUGGAGGAGGCCGAGGUGCUCGGCGACACCAUCUGCAUACUGGCCAAUGGCAAGUUGCAGACUACGGGAACCCCCCUGGAGCUCAAGCGCAGGUCUGGCAUCGGUUAUCGCCUAAAACUGGAGGUCAGCGACUUUACACACAGAGAAGACGAAAUCAUGCAAACAAUACGCGACUAUGUGCCACCGGCCUCCGUCCUGAAUGUGGUGAAACCGACCGCGAAUAUCUGUCUGCCGUAUGCGUAUAAAAGACAAUUCCCAGAAAUGCUUCACAAGCUUGAGACCAACAUGAAUCAGUUGGGUAUUCAAACGAUUUCCAUGACCGACACAACCCUGGAAGAUGUGUUCUUAAAAUGUGCCGGUGAGCAGGACCAGGUGGAUACCCCGGACGGAUCUCGGACUGAUAUGCCGCUCUUGGCUCCCUAUAAGCGUUUACCCAGCCAACACGUUGAACCUAGCCUUUUGCAGCUUUGGCUGGCGGUGUUCUACAAGAAGUGGACGUUUCUCUCGCAAGAAUGGCUGUACUCUUUGAUCAUGCUGUGCCUUCCCUUUGUCUGCGUUUUCGGUGCAAUUCUCGCCAUGCACGCCAUGUCUGUGGUGGAAAACGAGGAGGCUUUGCCGCUGAAACUCAGUCAAAUGGGCAGUGGAAUCGUCUACAUAUACAAUCCGACGGGGCACCAUGGCCAGGUGGAGCAGCAACUGCGUCAGCAGAUCGAGCUAAGCGGGAUCACUGCGAAAACAAUGCAGCUCCGUGGGGACAACGAUAUAAAAAAUGAAUCCCUCGACCUACAACGCGACAACUUGGCCGAUUUCCUCGAACAGGUGGUGGGCAUUAUUGACAUGUACGGCGACGGCAGGGGCACUGGCGGAGCGACGCCCACCAUAGAGAUCUACUUCUCCGGGAAUCGCUACCAUAGCUCUGUGGAACUGAUUAACCUGGUGGACUCCGCCAUGCUAGGGCUAGAGCGGCCAGGGUCAGAUAUAGAUGCGACCUAUGUUCCCAUCCGGCGUUUUAUCAGCGACAUAAGCGCCUCCAGGCUGGAAUACUAUGCGGUCAUCGUGUCCGUGGGAAUGUUCUUUUGCAUGUUCUACUUCAUUGCCCUGCCCUUCAGGGAAUACGCGAACGGUUUCCGCAGACUUCAGACCAUGUCACGAUACACCUACUGGGCCGCUCACUUUACCUUCGACGUGCUGACUCUGGCCGUCGUCUGCGUGUCCCUGCUCCUCCUGCAACAGUUGUUCAUGCCCGCUGAGCUCUAUUCCAAGAUGGAGCUUCGGGUGAUUGUGGCGAGUAUAUUCUUCUACGGAUGCAGCUACCUGCCAAUUCUCUAUGCGCUGGGCAACAACUUCAAGUCCAUUUCCACGAUAUCCACCUACCUGCUCCUAAUGCUGAUUGUUUCGGCCAUCGCCCCCCUAAUAACCUCCAGCACCUCGUCCGCGAUGAAAUUGCACGAGACAAAGAUCGCAUUCUUGUGCUUCCUGCCGGACUUCAAUCUGAACCACCAGCUGCGCAUUAUCAAUGAAAACUUUAUUACCCGCCGACGGGUAUUGGCUCCCGGAAAAACACAUCAUCUGCUCAGCGAGGAGGUCUUCUUUGCCUACGCCAUUGCGGUGUGUGUGCUGGUCAUGGCGUUCUUUACCGUCGUCCUGGAGCAUAUGUAUCUGCGCCGGAAAGUGCAGGAAGCCUUCUAUCGAAAUAUCUCAAUGUUCACGCAGAAGAAGAACUCGUUGCGCACCAGUCCCAGCGGCACCCACCUGUCAAUUGAUUGUGCCAAGGAAGAGCAGCUGGUCAGAGAGCUCAUCGAGCAUCCUUCAGAGGGCUAUCCCCUGGUUGUGAGUGGCCUUCGCAAGCGAUACCAGGACAAGGUGGCUGUCAAUGGACUCAGCUUUGCGGCACAGCGGGGCGAGUGCUUUGGUCUGUUGGGCGUCAAUGGAGCGGGCAAGACCAGUACCUUCCAGAUGAUCGCUGCCAACUUGGCGCUCGACGGCGGCAGCAUCUGCAUAGAUGGCAUAGAGAUUCGGCAGAAUGAAGUGGCCUACCGUCACCGCUUUGGCUACUGCCCGCAGUACGAUGCACUGAACAAGUUUAUGACCGCCGAGCAGUGCCUGCACUACAUGGGCCUGCUGAGGGGCUUAAGUAACUCUGCUGAGGGGCCGGCCAGCGUCAAGGAGAACGUAAAGUACUGGCUGGAAAAGAUGCACUUGACCAAGUAUCAGCAGGUGGAGGUGCGCCAUUAUUCGGGCGGCACAAAGCGGAAACUUUUGGCCGCCAUGGCCAUGAUCGGGGCACCCACGCUGGUGCUCCUGGACGAACCCACUACCGGCGUAGAUCCAAUUUCGAGACGAUUUUUAUGGCAGUGCAUUAAGGACUUUCAAGGACAGGAACGGACUGUGGUGCUUACUUCGCACAGCAUGGACGAAUGCGAGGAGCUGUGCAAUCGACUGGCUAUCAUGGCGCACGGUCAAUUCAAAUGUCUGAACAAUAUCUGUGCCCUAAAGCGUUUGAGUGGCUUCACCAUUAAACUAAAAAUGAAGGAGAACACAGAAACACAGAACCCAGAGUCGAAUGUGUGCACGGUGACCGGUAUGCUAAGGUCACAGUUCCCAGGACUAGAGCUGCGGGAGAACCAUGCCGGCACUCUUACGUACUUCGUAAGCAUACAGGAAACCGUAAUCCAGUGGUCGAAUGUGUUCAAGAUAACGGAAGAUUAUUUGGCCGAUCGGCUGGGGGACAUUGUUGAGGAUUACUCUGUGAACGAGUGCACGCUUGAGGAUAUUUUCCUCAAGUUCGACAAACAGGAUAAGUCCCAAUCAACGUCACGCCAAUCAUCGGUACAGAGAAGCCCGGAAGUCCUUAGCCACGUAUGAGCGUGGGUUGGGCUUGGCAUAUCGAAAAGACUGAGCACAAAACUGUCGUCCUGAGGAUCACUUCUGCCUUUUUCGCGGCAUCAUCCCUCUAUAUCUCACCUGUAAAAAUUCCAUUUGACACCUUCCCCGGCCCGUAUUCAUUUUUACAGAGAAUCUCAAAUAGGAAAGAAGACACAUCUGAUCCUCUCGACCGGCAGUCACUUGGACUCAGUUCUGACGGCAGGAUUUUUCUACUUAAUGUAUGUAUGAAUGUGAAUACUAAUAUCUAAGACAUUAACUGUGUGCAAGAUAUGAAAAUGAAAUAUUUAUUUAUUGAAUAUGUUACUUUAACACUUUUAGAUACUAUCUUUUCAAUAAAAUAAAUUUGAAA